AUCACGUGACCAGUGUAUUUUUAUGCGACGCCAUGUUCGGCAUUUCUGGUGGGAAACACUUUAUUUCACAGUGAGUUAAGGUACUCAUAUAUUUCUCUGCUGAUUGAUUAAUCGUUACACAGGAUAUCGUUGAGUAGGUCGUGCUGUGUUCCUAUUUUCAGAUAGAAGCCAUGUCUCAUCAUUAAAGUUAUUUGAGAUUAAAGCCAACUGAGUUUGAUUAUGACGUCCAUUUCAAGAAGUGGUUCUUCACGAAGGAAGCCUGAAGCCCCGGGUAGAAUUCGUCUUCAGCUGAAAGGGAAAAGCUCAAAAAUCCUGCACAGUGAUGAGGAAGAUGAUAACAGCGAUGAGGAGGGACCUGUUGCAGCGGAUAGCAUCCCUGAUGACUUGCCUGAAGGUACAGUCAUAGUCCAACCUCAAGCUGUUGAUGAUGCUCCGUUAAAAAAGAAACGUGACCCUCCAGUACGUAUUGAUACAUCUAUACUUGACAACGUAAGCUGCACAGCAUGUGGACGCCAGUUAAACCCAUAUAAAAACAGUGCCCUUCAAAAACAUCCAGAGCUUAAAGUUGUCAUCUGUAAGCGCUGUGAUAAGUUUCUGUCCAGUGGAGAAAUAGCAAAGGACAAAGAUGGAACAGAUGAGCAGUGUAGGUGGUGCGGAGAAGGGGGGAGGCUGGUCGUCUGUGACGAGUGUGCCAGUGCAUUUUGUAGGGCUUGUGUCAUGCGGAAUUUCAACAGAUCUGAGUUCACCAAUAUUAACAGUCAGCCGAACUGGAAGUGUUAUAUCUGUGACAAGGCCCCACUCCAAAGCUUGAGGGAGAAGUACAGGAAGAUCCGGGACACCUUGAAAGCUCUCCAAGCCAGGGACAAAGCUAAGGCUGCUGCCCCCACCAGCAACGGUACGGCUAAAUCUGAGAACAAGCAGCCAGAAUCCAAAAGUUCUGCCUCACAUUCUGCCCCAAAGAGUAAUGCAGCAGCAUCUACUCCUCAGAAGGCAGAGACCACCAAACCAGUGACUGACAACGUUGUACUUAGUUUAAAAGACUUAGAUAUAGCCCAUGAAAAUGUGGAGAUUAUGAUGGAUAAACUUUCCACCUCCACGACGACAUUUAAAGAAAUGCUGCGUGCGCUGAGGUCCCAGUUCCAUUCCACCAGCCCACGGUCAGCUGAAGAUCCACCUCCCAUGUUCAAAUUCUCAAUCAGUAGUCAGAUGGACAUUGAAGAGAAGAAAAGACGCUGUGCUAAAGCUUUGAGCAUGGGUCUGGUCACUUACUUCAAGUCUCUCAAGUCCAUUCUCUCCGCAGAUUCUCAGCUCUCAGCAGAUGCCAAAAAUAAACCAGUGACCCAGGUCAAGGAGGCCACUAAUUCUGUUCCAAAACCUGUGACAAAGACAGGCUCUGCUGCGCCCAAUAAAGCUACGGAGUCGGCUAAAAAAGUUUAUUCUAGUAGCAGCAGUAGCAGCCUCUCAGACGACAGUGACGCAGAGGUGGUCAAAGCAAAACAUGCUACAGAGAAGAAAAAAGUCACUUCUAAAGAAAAGGUUAAAAGCUCAGAGGAUCACAGCAAAAAAGCUGGCACUAAAUCAAAUGAUGGAAAAAGUAGCAUUACUAGCUCUAAUAAAACUAAAUCAAAAGAAAAGGAGAGUUCGGGAAGUAAAACUGGUGAGGACAAAACACAACGAAGCAGUGCAGAGACAGCUAAGAAAAGUACUGGGAAAGAUGCUGCAGAUGUUGGUGACAUUGCUGCAGUUGCCAAGAAAACCCCCAGCUUAAAACUAGUUAAACUUUCUUCUGAAGAUUUAAUGAAUAAAAAAGAUAAAGAACAUUCCAGUGAAAAGGCUCAAGAGUCAGAGGUGGCAGACACAUCUACUGCUCCAGCCGAAGUGGAGAAGGAUGGUGUUGAUGAAAACUUGGCUGCCAAGUUUGACCUCAUCAAGGAGCUGGGUGAGGAGAUGAACACAGACAAAGAGCAGGAGGAAGCUGAUCUAGAACUGCCUGUCACUUUCCAAGACUCCACUCUUCCUGAUGACAGUGAAAAGGAAACAGUAGAGGCACCAAAAGCAAAAAGAAAAAAGCCUGAUGUAACUUCAGAUGAAGAAAAGUCAGGGGAGAAAGUCAACAAGAAAAGUAAAAAACCUGACAGCUCAAACCCUGACACUGAAAAAUCUGGUGGAAAAGAUGGCAAAAAAAGUAAAAAACUUGAUGCCUCUGAGUCAAACCAUGACACAGACGAUGAAAAGUCUGGGUCAAAAGACAAGAAAAGUAAGAAACCUGGUUCUGAGUCCAGCAGUGAGACUACAGAAGAGAAGAAGGUGAAGAAUACAUCUAGUAAGAAGGAGGCCAAUUCAAGCUCAGAUCUGUUCAUGAGUUCUGAUGACGAGACCCCUAAAGAGACCAACAAGAAAAAAGAAUCUACAAAAACCGAGGCAAGUAAAUCUAAAAAAGUGUCCAAGAAAGAGGAAAAGUCAGAGACAAAUGGGGACACAACACCCGCAGAUAAAGAUGAUGAUGAGGUAGAGAAAGAAAUAAACAAACUGGCCAAAAUGCCAGUCAUCAGGAAGAGAAAAGCUAAAGAACUUGAUGCUGACCAGGAAGAGGACGGUGAGGUCAAGCAAGCAGCGGCUAAAGUUGCUAGGGUAUCUAAACCAGGUCCCAAGUGUUCCAAGAAAACUACAGACUAUGAUGACCUGUCUUCUGAUGGAGAUGGAAAUGAAAAGCAAGAGAGUGAGAAUGAGAAACUGGACAGUGAGAAUGAAAGUGAUGAUGAAGAAGGACCAAAAGUUACAUUUUUUGUGGACUCAGAGACUGCAGCAGAAAAAAAAGAUGAACAUGUGGAAGAUGAAGAAAAUGAAAUGGCUAAAACAGACAUCUUAGAAGAGAUGGAGAGUGAUGUUGAAGACAAAGAGGAUGCUGAUGACUCAAGUGAUGCUGAGUCUGACUCUUCAAAAAAAACCAAAGCUAAAAAAGAAGUGAAAGCUAAAGCUGCAACUAAAAAGGAAUCAGAGGAUGACAGCGAUGAAAAUAUUGGUGCAAAGAGAAAACAAAUCCGCAGUAAGCUGCUGGACACCAAACUGUCAGACAGUGACUCAGAUGUGGACAAACCUAAAAAGAAAGUCAAGGAGGAAGAUGGAGAUUUCAAAGGAAGCAAUUCUUCAGAUUCCAGUAUAGAAUCUGACCUCUCUGACGACUUAGAGGAGGAAGAGGACGAUGAUGAUGACAGUGAUAAAGAUAGUGAUGAUGAUGGUGAGAAAAAGGGGAAAAAGAAAGGCAAGAAAAAAUCAAAGAGGAAAAGGAAAGGAAAGACAAAGAAAGGAAGUGAUGACGAGGCUGAGUCUGAGGAGGAUGAGGAAGGUGGAAAAAAGAAGAAGAAAGGAAAGAGCAGGAGGAGAAUAAAGAAAAUGAGUGAUUCAUCGGAAGAUGAAGAAAAACAGGAAGAUGAUGAUGAUGAUCCCAACAGCAGUAAGGCAGGUAAGAGGAAACAGAUCCGUAAAGUGAUGUCCAACAAAAAGCUGGAGGACUCCACAAAGGCUGCAGCCAAAGCUGAGGAGAAGAGGCGACGCAGGAUUGCUGCUAAACAGAGAGAGUUUAACAUUGAGACAAUAAAAGAUGACAACAAUCCCAUGGAUUGUCCAAUCACAACCAAACUGAUCCUAGAAGCAGGCAAAGAAGAAGGGGAUGAGCCAUUGGUUCAAGUCAAUUUGAAGUUGGUGCGCAAACUUAAACCUCACCAGGUGGAAGCCGUACAGUUUAUGUGGGACUGCCUGUUUGAAAGUGUGAAGAGAACAAAGAAAGAGCCAGGUGCUGGGUGUAUUCUGGCCCAUUGUAUGGGGCUUGGAAAAACUCUUUCAGUGAUUGCAUUUGUCCAUACAAUACUCAGCCAUGAGAAAGUCCUGAAGCAGAAAACAUGUUUGGUUGUGAGUCCACUGAACACAGUCCUCAACUGGAGGAAUGAGUGGACCAUGUGGUUUGAUGAGGAGGAUCAACUGGAGGUGUGGGAGUUGGCCAGCUGCAAACAGAACGCUGCUAGAGCCAGUGCUCUCAAAGACUGGCAGGAGAGUGGAGGCAUCAUGAUCAUUGGCUACGAGAUGUAUCGCAACCUGACCACUGGGAGUAGGUGCAAAAAUAAACGUCAGAAGAAGGUGUUUGUUGAAACAUUGGUGGACCCAGGUCCUGAUAUUGUCAUUUGUGAUGAGGGUCAUAUCUUAAAGAACGAAGCAUCAGCUAUCUCCAAGGCCAUGAACCAGAUGAGGACAAGAAGGAGAGUUGUGUUAACAGGAACUCCUUUACAGAACAAUUUAAAUGAAUAUCACUGCAUGUUGAGUUUUGUCAAGCCAAACCUGCUGGGUACACGUAAAGAGUUCAACAACAGAUUUAUAAGCCCCAUCCAGAACGGCCAGUGUAAUGACAGCACACCCAGGGAUGUCAAGCUGAUGAAGGCUAGAGCUCACAUUCUUCAUGAGAUGUUGGCAGGAUGUGUCCAGAGGAGGGACUACUCCGCUCUGACCAAGUUCUUACCACCCAAACAAGAGUACGUCAUCUCUGUGCGACUGACCAACAUCCAGAUAGAGCUGUAUGAGAAAUACAUGGAGCUGACUGGUCAAGGGGUGGACGGUGUCUUCUCUAACAAAGGUGCCAGGCUAUUCACUGACUACCAGAAUCUGAUGAAAAUUUGGACACAUCCAUGGGUCCUGAAGCUGGCAGAGAUCAGAGAUGAAUCUAAGGUCAAGUUUGAUGACGAGGACUCCUUCAUUGAUGAUGAUGAUUCCGAUGCUGACAGAUCCUUCUCCAGCUCCAACACCACCAGCGAAGAUGAGAAGAAGGAGAGUGACAGUGGAGGGGAGGGCACAAGUUCUAGACCUAACAUGGCUAGAGGGACCAAGAGGACCAGAGCUAAAGCCAGGAGACAAGCUGGAGAGGACAGUGACCCAGAGGAGGUGAUAGCUGAGUGGAAGUCUAAGACCAGGGGUAAGGAGGAGGAAGAGGGUGCUGAGGACCAGGACAAGGCUGUGACUAAGGAGUGGUGGGCUCCGUACGUGACGGAGGACGACAAGAACAAGUUGGAGCUCAGCAACAAGCUCUAUCUGCUCUUUGAGAUCCUCAGGAUGUGUGAGGAGAUUGGUGACAAAGUGCUUAUCUUUAGCCAGAGUAUUUUAUCACUUAACAUCAUUGAGAACUUCCUGGAGACCAUCGACUCCAAGUUCCAGCAGGAGUGUGAAGCUCUAGGGGAGGGGGAGAAGGAUGAGAAGGAAACUUUUGGCAAGAGCUGGACCAAAAACCUGGAUUAUUACCGUAUGGACGGAACCACAAGUGCCCAGAACAGGCAAACCUGGGCAUCCAACUUUAAUGAUGUUGACAACUACAGAGCUCGCUUGUUCCUCAUCUCUACACGUGCUGGUGGCCUUGGCAUAAAUUUGGUUGCUGCCAACCGUGUGAUCAUCUUUGAUGCAUCGUGGAACCCCUCUCAUGAUGUCCAGUCCAUCUUCAGAGUGUACAGGUUUGGUCAGACCAAGCCUUGCUACAUCUACAGGUUCUUGGCUCAGGGCACUAUGGAAGAAAAGAUUUAUGACAGACAGGUAGCCAAGCUGUCUCUAUCUCAACGAGUUGUGGACGAGCAUCAGAUAGAGAGACAUUUCUCAGCCAAUGACCUCAAGGAGCUGUAUAACUUCAGGCCUGACCGCUGGGGUGACGGGACAGAAAAACCAACUCUAGCCUUGCCUAAGGACCCCCUGCUUGCUGAGAUCCUACAGAACAACAAACAUUGUGUGAACUCCUUCCAUGAACAUGACUCACUCCUGGAGAACCAGGUGGACCAAAACUUGACGGAAGAGGAGAAGAAAGCAGCCUGGGAGGAAUAUGAGAAUGAGAAGAAGGGCAUUAUCAUUAGAGGCCCAGGCAUGGAGAGAACAGCCAGCUGGCCCAUGAUGGCUGCAGCUCAAAUUUUAAGCAGAGAGCAGAUAACAGCUACGGUACAGGCUCUAAGGCAGCAGCUGCCAGACAUAUCUGAAGAUUUGUUCCACCUACAUGUUCAACAAGCCCUAAGGAGACAAGUACAGAUCAAACAGGAGGAGCUCAGGAGGAUGGAAAUGUUGCGCCUGCAAGAGAUGAGUUACCUGAACAUGAUCAAACAGCAAGCCCAGCAGAGUGGCCUGACACACACCCAAGGGCUCCACGCCAUGCAGAACAUGGCGCCAUGGAUGCAGAUACAGAGGCUGAGGGCCAUGCAGAACCAGAUGAUGAUGGGUGGUAUGGGCAACAUCCAUCCCAGCGCGUCCAUGUCCCUGCUGGGUCAAGCCUUGUCCAAUCAGGAGAUGGUGGAGAGGAUUAGCAACAAGCCUGAAGAAGCAAUUGAUCUAGAUGACAAUUAAAUGGGAUGUAAUGUUAGAUCAUUAUGGGGUAUGGGUGGGCCAGUUAAUUAAAGCACUAAUGUCUGUCACUUGACCAGCCUACUGGUUAACUGACCAGUCGAGUGGGUCCUUGACCAGUCAAGCAACAGGUUAUGAGAACGUGUUCAGCUGUAACUUAUUGACCAGUGGUAGACAAACAUAUCAUUGAUGAGGAGAAACAAUUAUUGUUGAUGAAAUGAGACCAUUUGUUUGUUUGUUUAUUCUCCACAUUUUGUUUACAAUGGUUGUUCAAAUUUUCAUGAGUGUUUUCGUGUGUGAUACAAUGUGCUGACCAAAAAUAAUUGAAUCCAUGUUGACAGUUACAUUUUUAUCUGUAAAAGAAAAGUUGAAUCAGGGUUAAUUUUUUUGUAUUCAAAAAUGUGUAUGAGUGUAGCUGCAAGUGAUUGAACUUAAAGACUAGUCUUAUCUCUAAUAGACUUGUGUGUGCUAGUCCUUUAACAUCCUACUUCAUGUAGGUUUCUGUAUUUUACUGUAAAAUCGUAAAUAAAAUUUUCUCAUCAAAGAUGUAAAUGUAACAAUUUAAAAAUGUAAAUGUGGCAUAACUUUGUGACAAAUGACACUUGAGUAUGACAUUGUGACAAAUGACACUGGGUGUGCCGUGUCACCGUGUAAAAUUGUUUUUGUAAAUAUAUCAGUAUUAGUUGUUUAUAUGACUGCCCCCAGCCCUGGUGUUAUAAAAUUUAUAUCUUGCUUGUCUUGUUGAAGACGCACAUGUCAGCAUUGAUUUCUGUUCAAAAACUUUGUCUGUUGGGCUGGGUCAAGUUGUUGUACAUACGUUCCAGGCUUUCAUCUGCUACAGGUGCCGCUAAAUUCAAACAGGUUGACUAGGGGCCCUGGUUCAGUUUCUAGCAGAUCAUCUUAUCUGUUGAGAUUGACCACUGAAGACUGUCCAGCACCACCUGACCACUACCAUGUUCAAAAGAAAAUCUUGUACAUUUUCCCCGGCCACCCUUCAAAAGUUAGUCGACCCAGUGUAGCUUACACCUUGUGUUCCCCCACCAGUGUAGCUUACACCUUGCCCCCCCCCCCCCCCAACUAGCGUGUUAGUCUCUGGUUGCUUGUAGGUGGCCCAGCUUUUCAUUUGCUGCUCUAGUUGAUGUGGCCUGACUGGCAAGCAAUGCUAAAACAUAAGCAAUGUUAUCUGUUGUCACUUGCAAGUUGUUGAAAUUAUUUGGUUGCUUCCCUUGGUAUUCCCCCCAAUAGUCGUGUUGUAUCAUUUGAAUCAAAUUUUAGUUCAGUGUUUGUAAUCAAGUCUUCAUGAUGUCAGAAAAAAAAACAAAUAAAAGUGUAAAAAUAA